AUGUUUGCGAAUAAGGGGAGGGAGAGACGAGCCAUGCGGAUUGUGGAUGGGAGGAUCAUGGAGGUCCCCAGCGGGGGUCAGCAGGCAAGCGUCACCCUCUCCUCCUCCGGAUCCUCUGAGUCUCGAUCACCCAACCGUCUCCCUCACAUACCACCCGAUCAUCCUCUCUACCACCUCUACAACUCCCCGCUCUCCGGCUCCCCAGACCACCUUCGCGAGCCUAACUCCCUGUCUCGGCAGUCGUACCUGCCAGGAUGGUGA